AUGGCGCACCGCGAACGAGGCUCAACAACAAACGCGGGCGUCCUCCAAAAACACCCCCCCACUAAUACUCCUCUAUCUGCCCCAUCAAAAUCCCUUCUUACUGGCAAGCCCUACGGCGCAUCCCAAACGAAGGUCAUCAAAGGCGCACAUCCUCCAGCAACACCCCCCACCAACGCUCCUCCAGCCCUUCGGUCUCAUCCGGAGGGCGAUGUCCCGAAAGCCAAUACUGAUGCUGGGAACGACGUCAGGAGCUACAACGUUGCGAUGCCUCUAUCUGCGCCAUCAAACCGCCUUGUCACUACCAAGCCUUACAGCGCACCACAAACGAAGGUCAACAAACGCGGUUAUGGCUGUGGCGUGUUUGAGGACCCCCUCCGCCCAAAGAAGGUGUCUUUUGCCGCUCAUGUAUAG